GCCAUAUUUUGUAGCGGUUUCACUAAAAUCAAAGUCCACCCUUUAGAGCGGGAAAUCUCUCUCUAUCUCUUUCCAUCUCUUCUAUCUCCUUGUUUCGCUGAAGAGCAAUCAAACUUCACUCGUCUCUCUGAUACAUUUCAAGUUGAUCUCCCAAGCAACAAUGUCGAAAUUCGAAUACCCAAUGAUUCCACGCUCAGAAAUCAUAGCAAUCCUUAACGAGUCCAAAAUUGCAACGGUCUACGAUGAGGAUCUCAUCAAUCCCAACCCCGAUUUCGUCUCCGAUCUCUACACCAGGCUCCUCAUUCACCUCGACUCUCUCCAGGAAGAUCCUGGGCAAGUCGAAUUUGCCGCCUUGGAGCGGCUCGAGAACCCAGAUUGGCACCGUGAUUCUGUUCGUAUCAUGAAUUUGUACAGCAAGAUUAAGGAGCUUGUGGCUUCGCUGGAUUGCCCUUGGAAGUUUACCCUCAAAGAUCUCAUACGCCCCGAUAGGGACAGGACCGAGAAGUUUCUCGGCACUAUACUGAAUUUCUUUCUUCACAAAGAUUCAAAAAUGAAUGAACUAAGACCAAUUGUAGAGGAAUCAAAUCUUCUAGAUGAGGAGCGAAAGCUGUUGGAAGAUAGAAUUUCCCAGUUGGAUGCAGAGAUUACAGACUACAAUGAAGCGAGAGAAAGAGCGAUGCCUCUUGUUCAGGAGAUAGAGGUAAAGGUUAAAGACUUGCGUCAGGCCAUUCCAAGCCUCAACAAUCAGCAGAUGUCAUUGAGAACAUCUUUCCGAAAAAUGAAGGAGAAGGUUGCAGAAAUGGAUGAGAAGAUUUCUAGUGCGGAGUUUGCCCUUGUACAAAGUGUCCAAGAAAAUGCCAAUCUACGUUCGAAAAUUGUACAAUCACCAGAUAAACUACAGAGGACUUUAGAGGAGAAAAAAUCUGUUCGAGUUGAGGCAAAGAAUGCAGAAAGAUCAGCAAUGCAAUCUUUUCAGGAGAAGUCUGCCAUUGUUGAGGUCUACACAAAGGCUGGCAAAAAAAUGUCCAAGCAUUUUGCGCAAAUGCAGGCUAUACAAGAACAGGUGAACUCUGCCAAAGCCAUAGAAAAAGAUCUCAAGGUUCUAAAAACUAAGCUGAGUGAAGAGGGAGUCUUGGAUAAGUCUUUUGAGGCCAAACUUCUUGAACGACAAAGAAAAGUAGAACAGUUAGAUGAACUAAGAAAGCAAUUAGAAAAAGAACGAAAUUUUAAGUGUGAGGAGGCUGCUAAAGAAUUAAAUAAUGUCAAGUUGGCAGUGGAAUCAAAAAGGCGUGAGUUAGAAGCAAGGCAGAGGAAGGUUGAAGCUGAGGCAGCAGAGGUUGAUGCUACAACUUUAAAGAUUAAUUCAGUAAAAGAAUCUGGAGCAGCUAAACAGCAAAAGUUGGCCCACAAGGGUGAAGAGAUUGUGAAAGAGUUCCACCAAUAUGCAAACUCUAUUGGGAUCUUGCUGCCAAGGAUCCAAGUGGAGCCAGAAGUUGAUCAAGAUAUGGGCAGAUCCAACUAACCCAAGUCACACAUUUUUGAGUUAAUUGACUGGCUGACGCAUGCACCAUCCUUUUAGACUCAUAUCUCCCUCUCUUUUGUAGCACAACAAAAGUGAGCAAUCAGCCCAGUCUUGCCUUGGGUGCAGAUGUGAAGUUGGCUUUUCCCUUAGGGUUGUAAUGUAAAUUGAUGUUUGCUGGCAUGUAUCUUUAUAUGGGUGUAAUUGGUUAGAUGAAGUGUUAGGAUUAGGGCUGUUCAAGGUUAAGUUGGUUUGACUUGGAUCAAGUUCUUCCUUGAUAGAAAUAUAGUAUUAGUUUCUUGAGGGUUAUGUUAAUAUGAUUGUGCCAAGUCUAUCUAAACUGUUCUUGAGCCUUGGUUUAGCUGCACCUUGUGUUACUAAAUCUAGAUUUUCAAUUUU